CUCCUCUGUUCGGUUUCACUUCCCGUAAACAGAAAGUAAACUUUGUGCGUGGGCGUGUUUGGAGCUGCAGGUGUGUCCAGGUGUGGGUUCGUUGGAUCAGCAGAGGAUUUAACGGGACUUUGUGUCGGUUUGAGUUGUUUUUAAAGGAGGAUGAAGACGCUGGUGGUGUUCCUGCUCCUCGUGAACGUUUCCCAGCAUGCCCUGGGUGUGGUGGUGGAGGUGAAUGAGGGGGAAAGAUCUGUCCUGCUGCCCUGUCAGUACUUUGGGUUUAUACCUGAGAAUCCCACAGUGAUGUGGACUCGCAGUGAUCUCCAUCCCAAAUCUGUCCAUGUGAGACAAGACGAAACAGACGAUCUCAGAGGACAAAACCAGCGUUACAGCGGGCGCACAUCAAUGAGACCUGAUGCUCUGGACACUGGAGACUUCAGCCUCACUCUGAGAAAACCAACAAAGACUGACAGCAGCAUCUACACCUGCUCCAUCAGUGAUGGGAGAGAAGAACGGAGACUGAGAGAUAUCCAGCUGCAGGUCAAAGCCUUGCCUACUUUACAGUUCUUGGAACCCAUCAACACCAGUGUUCACUUGAUAGACAUAUCACCACACAUUGACAGGCUGAAAAAUGCGAUGGAAGAGUACAAGAGUACGAUAAAAGAGCUCAGUGGCUGUUCAAAAGCUACUGUCGCCGUUGGAGGGCUUAUUGCGACGUUGAUUGUGAUCGUUCUAGGGUUUAUGUAUAUAUGAUCGCCACUUGGCUUGUAUGUGUUUAUGUCAAGUGUGGAAAUAAAAGAAAAUAUAUCAUUGCUUACAUGGCUUUUAUUAGUGCCACUUUAUUAAAACUUUUAUUAAAUGUGGAGUUGUAAUUAUUUUUAUACAUAAAUUUAAAAUGCGCUCAUAAAGAGUUGGCGCUCAGUCCUCUUAAGGUCCUAAGCUUCGUCUGGUGUGAAUGUCCAGACAAUAUAUUGUGUAAGGUGACUUAGAGCGCAAGAAGGCCAAUGCAAGCACGCUUACAGACACAAAUAAGUUCUAGGUCAGAAGUGAGAGAUACAUUUAGCUUGUAACUGCAUUUGUGCUUGCAUAGCAACUGUUGAUGCAGGACGUGUUAAAGAUAAGCAUGAAAAGAACAAGUCAACGAGAAACAUCUGGAGGGUGAGACGGUUGAAACAAACAGCCAUGUAUGGUAAAAAGGUUGCAGAUAAUGGAAACUUGUCUAACUGUCAUUAACUGUAACUGAUGCAUAUUAUCUGCUUUGCUGACGCAAGAAGGGGCUAAACCCUGACAUAUCAAAACCAUUUUGAAGCUUUUUAGCGGAGAUCUACGCUGAUGAUGCUCCCCAUGCGUGUGUUCAAUAAAAUCAUUGUUUGACUGAA